UUUGGAUCAGUCAUUGUAUCGCUCGGAAGUGAAAUUCUCAUUUCUCUCUCGGAACAAAAUUUCGCUUUUAAGCCAUUCGUUUUUGAAAUCCUUGUAUUAUAAUGCUCCAGAACGUGAGGCAGGUGGUGGUGGCUCCUGGGCGCCCCCGCAUAGGAGUCUUCUACAAGCAAUCGGAGCUAAUGCGAAUGCUGCCCGAGAUUCCCAAGCUGCGUAGCUUCUUCGAUCUCUUUGUGGUCAAUGGACGUGGCCUGGAGGCCGGCGGAGAAAAGCUAGAGGCCAUCGUAUGCAUGGAGCGUUGCAUACGGCUGAGGGAUGUGGCGGACUGCCUGCGCACCAUGGGCCUGAGUCCCAGUGACGAUGCGGUGCGGAAGCUUCUGGAGGAGCAUGUGAGUUGGCGCGAGGCGAUGGGUAUAAACAUCGCGCAGCGGGCCACCUUCGUGCUGGUGCUCACGCUCUACUGCCAGCUGGCCGAGCUGGAGGCGGAGAAGGUGGUGGUGGACAAAGGUUCCUUCGUCGAGAACGCACUGCGCGUGCUGCGCAGCCGUGAUCCGCAGGGUACCGGCAUGCUGCCCUACAGCGAGCUGCGCCGCAUGCUGACCACCAUGGGCAACCAUCGGCUGGAGGAGACGGAGGCGUACGGCGUGCUGCACCGCGCCGUCGACAUUGAUGGCAAUGUGCACUAUGAGCACCUGGUGCGUCAGCUGUUUGCCAAGGAUCCGCUGGCGGAGGAGCGGCUGCAGCAGGCGCAGCUCUUUCUGCAGGCGGUCGGACGCAAUGCCAUUGACAUGGACAUGAGCAAGCGGGACGAGUUCAUCCAUGCCAUCCGGCUGGCGGAUCCCAUGUCCUCCGGGUACAUUCAGCCGGAGCGCCUGCUCGAGGUGCUCAAUCGCAACGAUGAGCAGUUCACCAGCGAGGAGCUGAAGUUGCUCACCGAGGGAAUGGAGGACAUCCAGUGCGACCGUGGCAUCAACUAUCGCCGCUUCCUGCAGCUUAUCAUGAACGAGUAG